AUGGCGCCAAAAAAGAAUACAUCAAAGAGUACUUCCGCGCUCUCUCACUCGCAGCAACUGACGAUUCAGGCUGCUUCUUCAUCAUCUUCGGCGCUUCAUCACUCACCAAAUAAUUCCCCAUCCCACUCAUCAUCAAACAUUGGUGGUAGUAAUAAUGGAGGUUUUAAUAGAGAACCUUUUAAUGCUCUUGCCUACCAACAACAAUUACAAUGGAAUGACGAUGAUGUCAAUGGAAAUUUCAAUGAAAUGUUAGUGGAAAUGGGAGUACCAGAUAGUAUCAGAAGAAAACAAUUGGCAACUAAAACUGUACAGGAAAAAGUCAGGUAUGUACUCUUUGGAUAUUAUAUUUAA